CGCAAAUGGUCGCGGCCGGGUCGGCUUGAGGCCUCCGUGACGUCCAUUGCGGCCGCCGUGGCAUGAAGCGGACGGCCAAGGUCGUGCUGAUCGGAGCGAGCUCAUGCGGCAAGACUUCUUUGCGAGACCAGUACGCCCACGGACGGUUUCAUGCGAACUACAGAGCCACGCUGGGCGCAGACUUUAUCAGCAUCAAUCAACCUGUCGCUCAAGCCGGCUCGUCCACUGAGGUAUCGCUAUCCGUAUGGGAUACUGCCGGUCAGGAACGCUUUCGCGCCAUCGCAUCGGCAUUCUACCGAGGAGCUGACGCCGUCGUGCUUGUGUUUUCGCUGAUCUCAAGGGAUUCUUUGCUCAGCCUCAAGUUCUGGCUGCAGGAGUUCAUAGAACGGUGUCCUGUCUUGCCAGGAGAGAGCGAUCGCUUCACGUUUCUUGUGCUUGGGAACAAGGCGGACCUGGAGGACGGACAACUAGAGCAGAGGGAGAUAGAUACGGUUCUCCGCGAAUUGCACACGUUACUGGCCGGACAGCCAUCGAAUGAGGCAGCAGCAUCGAGCGCCUUUACCUCGGCCGAAAAGACAGCGAGUCUGCUGCCCGGCUAUGACCAUACAGCAGCCCUGAAAGCAACAUCUGCGAGCGCAUUGGACUCCUUAGAAGCCGACGAGAGUGCGUCUCGACAAGUCAACGUCGACCAGCUCGAUAGCGACUACGAUGAUGACUCGCUGGACAGCUUGUCAGGUUCGCCUCCCCCUCCACUUUCUACUUUGGCCAGUCGAACACGGGCCUCUCGAGCAUCACCAGAGGGCAGGCUUCAGUACUUGGCCACAUCUGCAAAGACGGGCGAGAAUGUCAAGCGAGCCUUCGAGAUGAUAGCAGAGCAAGUCCUGCUGCGACAACAACGCAAUGAGGGGCCUGACAGAUCCAGUUCGUCCUCUGCCGUCGGUCAUAUUGACAAUAUCACGUUUGGCGCUCCUGGCGAUUCUCUCACCGUAGGCAACAAGACCGGACCUAAUGAGAGCAAGGGCUGGCUAUCACCGUGUUGCUGAACGAUGCCAUAACUGCACUGUUGCUUGUAACAUAAUGCAAGAUCGAGUCCACGAGCUAGCGAG